AUGGUCACUGCCGCUGUGGAACACUAUUUGCUGAAGUACCUACAGCCUUAUGUGGAUGGCAUCGAUGCGAAAGAUCUGCAGUUGUCGCUCUGGAGCGGCAAACUGGAGCUGAAGGAUGUGAAGGUGAAGGAGGACGUGCUGGGCCUCUUGGGCGUGGAAGGUGUUCGUGUGCCAAAAGGCCUAGUGAAAAGAAUUUGCAUCACCUUGCCCAGCAAGACACGAAUCCUAUCAGGAAAGAUCAGCAUCCAAGUUGAUGGUGUUCAGCUUCACGGCGAACAUCUCAGUGAAAGCAGUGAUGAGGAGGCUUUGAGGAAGGUCAGAAGUACGAAACUUGAAGCAACCGCGCUGCGAAUGAAUCAACUCAGAGAUCUUCAUCAGCGACAACAACAGGCUCAGGAAGCCUAUGAACAGGCCGAGCCUGGCUUUGGAAUGAGGUUUGCUCGGAGGCUCAUCACCAACCUGAGUCUGGAGCUGUCGGAUGUGAAAUUGGCCUUCGACAAUCAGGAUCCAAAAGCCUGCUUUGCUGCGGCCAUGUCAUCCCUGGAAGUACUGUCGACUGAUAGUUCCUUCAGGAAAUUUCAGAAAGACGAGGUCCUGGAGGAUCAAGGAUCUUCUCUGUUCAAGGUUCUACGCUUCGAUGGCCUGAGUUUGUCAUACGGACAGACCAAGGAGGAGCUGUCUAAUGUGGUGAGUCCUGUUCGAGCUGAGUUGAAGGUGGGACACGUCCCCGAUGGUGGCAUGUUGCGAUUGGAGGUGGAUCUUGGCACAGACAAAGCCACUGAGAUCCAAAUGAAGCGUUCGCACAUUUUAGGCAUGCUAGCGCUCAAGGCCGCCUUGAAUCACAAGUGGGAGCGACUACGUGAAAAGCUGGUGGAUCCACAGGUAGAGGCUAUGGUGAUGAUUGACUUGGACGCUUCCAAGGAGAGAUACUUCACUCUGUUUCGACAACAGUGUCUCUCUAAUGUGGACAAGGGAGAGGUGAAGGUCCUGGCAGCCCUGCAAGAAACGGGCCUCAGCUGUGCUGCGCUAGAGCCAGAGGACAACAAGGAAUUGGAGACGCUGGAAAAUGUCUUGCCUUUUCAAUUGCUGGCAUCCGCACGCUACCGAGCCGAAGAUUACAUCACGGAGCUCCUGAAAAAGGCCGCACCACAGGCGAAACCUGGGUGGUUAAGUCGCACAUUUUGGCGUCGCGAACCAGAAGAAUCACCACUGGACAAGCUGAGUGCGAAGGAUCUCUUGAAGGAAUUGGAGGACGACCGCACGGCUGACGUUGAGGUGGUGGAACCGCCUCAAAAGCUGAAAGUGCUGCUGUCUGGCGGUCAGGUGCUACUGGAUGUGGAGGAUGACACUGGCCCAGCACUGCUGCGACUGUUGAACAUGAAUCUGAAGACUACCACCAUGGCUGUUAAGGUGGAUUCAGCCACGGAUCACCGGGGUCAGAGUUCCGCAGAUUUCCGGCUGGACUUGGGUUUGGGUUCAGUGGACAUAUCCCACCAUGGCAACCCGUUUGUGCAGCCCAAGCAACAGGAGGCAGAUGCCACUCUCCAGCAGAGUCUGGUUCUAUGUCUCGAGAAUCGAGUUCAAACAACAGAGAACCUCAUGAAGAUGAGUUUGACCUUCGCACCCGUGGAGAUCUUCAUGAUCCGGGGAUUGGUUGCCAGCAUCCUGGGCUUUUGGCCCGGUGCCCCCGAGGUGGAGAAGGCUGCAGGAACCACGAAGCCCAAGUUGGUGAAGAAGGUGAAAGUAGAGGAACGGGCCUCAGUGGCUGGCCCGAGCACGGCAGAAAUCUUAAGGGAAAUGGUAGAAGAGAACAAGACGAGAGCCAAAGAGCUGGCACAGGAGGUCUACAAUCGGAUCCCCGACAAGAUCAGUCUGGAAAUCAAAUUGGCCUCACCCACCGUGCAUGUACCUGUGGCUUCUGUGGGAAAGGCGCUCAUCACCCUUGGUGAGUUGUCGCUGAAAAGUCCCGAGCCGUGUUUGUUUAACAAUCUCCACUUCCAGAUUGAUCUCAACAACACCCGGAUCUCGACUGUCAAUCUGAACAAUGAACACUUUGAUGUUGUGGAGCCUUUGCCCAUCAAGAUCUCCAUGAAGUACAUGGAGCAAAAAGAUCGGCUUGCAGUUGAUGUGGCCAUAGAGGUAGGGCAGUUGAGUCUCUCAGCAUCACCGGAGUCAGUGAAUCUCCUAAUGGGUUUGCCUGACGCCGCUGUGGCCAUGUUGACGGUGCCGGUGCAAGCUGAAGCAGAGGAGAUAAAGAUAGUUGAAGCCGUCGACGCCGUCAAAGAUCCAGCAAAGACCUUCAAACAAGGAGCCCAGAGAGGUUCUGCCGUGGAGCUGUUGGGAGAAGACUUUGCAGCACUUCAAAGGGCAGAGGAGCUGCAAAAGAAGCCGAUGCGAACCACAGUAUCCAUGAGCUUUGAUGAUGCCACCUUCGCACUUUCCGACUCUAUCAUGCCUUUGUUGAGGUUGAAACUGGAGGCCAUGCCUCCUGGACUUCGUUUGGAGGUGGAGCCAAGUCAUGUGGAUAUGAAGUUGGAGGAAGCCAGUCUGGGCAUUGAGGUACUGAAUCCCAGGCACGGUGAUUGGGAACCCUUCCUGGAACGUUUCGACUUUGGCUUCACUUUGAACGUCACCAAGACCAAAAGCCUCACCAUAUACGCUCUGGGGCCAUUACUGGUGAACGUGGUUCCCACGCCUCUUCAUCAGAUCUUGGAGCUGUUGCCACUGCUACUGGCAAGUUUGAGGCCUCCAAGCCAAGACAGCGCUGAUCAGUCUUGUACCUCAACAUCUACAGGUGGCAGUGCCGGCAGUGCCAAGAUCCGGGUGAUGAGUUUGUGGGGAGGACAACUGGAAGUUCACUGCACCAGUGGUUCGAAGUCCAUCAGCGUUCCAAUCCAACCCACGGGCUCCAAGUGGAUCGCCUUGGACCAGCAGAUCUCACCCUUGGGGUUGAAGUAUUUCCAAGUUGGGGUGCGCGGAUCCUCUACAAUGUCCGAACCGCUGUGGUUCGAGCAGAACGCUUCGGUGAUGAUUCCGGGCUGCGAAGGUGACGUAGUGGCGCAGCUGCUGACACCCCAGCCCAACCAUCGGCUGUUGCUGUUGGCGCCUGCCUUCCGACUCCAUAACUGCACAGAUAUUCCCCUGGCAGUACGCUUCCACGACAAAAAGACAGUGGAUGGAUCGUCGCCUGAGGUGGUUCAACAACUCCCAGCUGCUGUGUGCGACGCAGCCCUGCUGGGGACCGCUGGGUUGGAUGAACUGCCAGCGGUUGAGGGAACCAUUGAGGCCAUCCAAAACAAGGAGUUAAUUCUGCCGCCCAACAGCAUUUGUGCUGUGCCAGCUGGUUCUAUUGGGAGCACGCGGAAGGGUCCCUUUACCGUUGUGAGCCUGCGGCCCAACGCUUCGAAUUUCAGCGCUCCGCUGCCGCUGGGCCGUGAAGCCGUGCAGGGCAUCUCCUGCGUAGACAGCGGACACAGAGCCGUCCACUUCUUGGUGGAGGCUGAAGUCACAGGAACGCGCUGUGCAGAGAAGGUGAAGACCCUCUACAUCCGACCCACGUUGUCGCUGAUGAAUGCCCUCCCGAUGGGUUUCUUAGGCUUGAACUUGGUGGGCCACGGCCCUGUAGUCGUUCCCGCCUUGGAGCGGCUCUUUUCCUACGAUCUCAGUGUGCAAGAGCUUCGUGCGGUGGCCCACUGGACAUCAGACGCUGCCAGUACUGCAGGUCAAGGCUUGACGUUGACUGCGCGUUUGGCGGAGGGUCCUGAGACCUCAAAGGAAUCCUUGAGCGGCGAAGAUGUGGUGGAGAACACAGGGAACGUACAGGGAGAUGAGGCGCUGAUGCUGAAGCUCAAGGCCAGCAGCGAUGGUGCGGCGGCGGCCUUGGCAUUGGAAUGCUUGGGACAUGGACAGCUACGUUUCAGCUGCCCACUUUGGCUGCUGGAUCGCAGUGGCUUGAAGGACUUGUCGAUACAGGUGGAUGGUCAAGAACUGCCCAGCCAUGGUGGUGUGACUCUGCUGCAUGAAGAUUGCUUCGAGACGCCAUGCGACUUUGAACUCCGAGGCAAGCUGCCACCAGGACCUCAAUGGAACUUAGUGGAACUGCUGUUUCUUCUUUUGGAGUUGUGCUGCAUUGUGCCAGGUGGAAAAGGUUUUCAGCCACCCAACUGCGAGUGGUCCGGUGUGGUGCUUUGCAGCGACGCAGCGGCGGGAUCAACGCCCUUCGCGGUGCGUCGCAAGGAAGGAGAAACCGAGGUGUGGAGUGUGGAUGUCGCUCCCCUCCACGGCAGCAUGGGCAUCUCCAUCCGUCAUGGCUCUGACUUCGUGGCCAUCAAUCGGCUGGAGAACGUGAGGAUGCAGGUGCAGCCUUUAUCCCACAGAGGAGAACUCGAAGGCAUUUUCGAAGUUCUGUCCAGUGAUCCAGUCCCAAUUGGCUGGUCGACACCUUUUGCGGGCUCUCGAUGUCGAGCGAGGGUCACAGUGGAAGGACAAGUCCUACCGAUCAAUCUGCAACGUACCGGAACCUAUCCGGUGGAAGCCAAAGGACGGCAUCAAGGCUGGUUGGGUGAAAGCCAUGUGCCGCUGUCCCUCCGCGUACAUCGCCAUGGCCUCGUCACCGAGCUCAGCCUGGAAGACGCCUGCAGCGACGCAUCCAGCAGCGAUGCCGGAGGCUUCGAUGCCUCCUUGUCUCUGCGAGUGAAGUUGGGCCGCGCCGGAAUCUCCUUAAUCGAAGAGAAUGCGACCCCCAGGGAACUGUUCUUCUUCUCCCUCGACAUGUUGCGCUUGGAAUAUUUGCAGGACGCAGUGCGUGACUCUGAGAAGAUCACCAUCUCGAUCUCUGAGGUGCAAGCGAUUUGUCAACUGCCAGACCGAACAGAUGGCCUGGACAAAGUCAACAUUCUGGAUCCCAGCCGGCUGCUACACUUGCCGAAGACGCUCCUUGAAAACCAGGACUUCCCAGCAGUGGUACUGGCGAACCAUUCAGCAGGAGGCAAAUCCUUCCUCCAGUUCCAGAUGAUGCGACAGGCCACCUCCUCCAGGGACUUGUUGAUCUCCUCAGCGGAGUUGGACGUCGACAAGUUGGACUUCACUUUGGAUGAACGUUGGUUCACCCCCCUGCAGCAAUGGCUGCAGGUCGCCGGCCGAGGAAGCUUCGAAUUCGGCGACUCAGCGAGGGAUCUGCUUCUCGCAGCGGGAAAACCCAUCACGGAAGGCUAUGUGGCGCCCGAUGUACCAGCCGUGGUGCAAGCUGAAAGUGUGAAUAUUUCGGCGGUGAAUACCACGGUUUGGUGCAGCCUUCAGCUCAAGCACCUUGAUUUCCUGCCAGCCUAUAUCCGCACGGCUCUUCAUGUCUUCUCACUCAGCAAGAAUUUCACCCUCGAUGGAGUGUCGUUGGAGCUGCCUGCAAAACAGUUGGAGCCGCACCGUGGAUCCUUGCAGGACUAUGCGGCUGCCAUCCUGAACGACUACACCUCCUCCGUCUUGGCUCAUAUCGCCUCUUUGUUGGGUAAAAGUUCUGUGCUGAACCUGCCCAAGGCCCCUUUGAAGUUAGGCGGAGCCACGGUUGCCUUGUUCAGCGACAGCUUGACGGAAAUCACCAACUUCUCUAUGUCCAAGCUGAGGCACCUCACAAUGGAUGAGGAGUUUAUCGAGCGGAAAAAUCGAGCACCGAAGAGCCAAAUUCAGGGAGCCCAACAGGGCUUCAAUGCUGCUGGAAAGACCUUGAUGGAAGGCGUCGGGGGCAUGUUCGAUGUCGUUACGAAGCCAAUCGAGGGCGCGAAGAAAGAUGGCAUCUGGGGGUUCGGCACAGGCCUGGUUCAGGGCACCUUGGGAACCAUUGUCAAGCCAGUGGCAGCCAUUGGAACUGCUUUCAGCGAGGUGACUGACGGGUUGGCUUCAUCCAGUAACCAGCUGAAUGUCAAUGAGGACACCCAGCGGCGGAGCAACCGCCGCCGUUUGCGCUUGCCACGGCUCCUCUUUGGUGAUUUGGGCGAGGUUCGAAAAUUCGUGGAUAUCGAAGCACAGCUCCUUCAGAGGUACGGUGAGAACCUGAAGGGUGUUUGUGAAGUCGUGCUGUUGGAGCGGACAGGUAAAAGCACCCCAGUAGUGCUUCUCUACUCUGACAAGUUGGCUGUGGCCGUAGCUACCGUAGCCGAGGACAGGAAGCUCACUCCGCUGGAAAUGCUGGAAGAAAGUCUUCCAGUGCUCCCAUCGGUCACGAAAGCCAAGACUUUGCGGGGCGUCACGUUUGCAAGUCUCAAAGAGGUCUCCAUGACAGGCAACGAGUUGCGCCUGGUGGUGAAGAACGGCAGCUACAAGGUCGAUCUUGCGAAGGCUCACCUUCAAACUGGUGCCAAAGAAGCUCUGGUGGAAGGGAUUCGCAGGGCCAUUGGAUCAAAGGGUCAACUCCAGGCACAUCGGACCUGGGCGGAGCUCCGCGGAAUCCUCCGCAGCGAUGAACAUGCGGCUCGUGUACGAGACAUGAAAAUGGCCCACGAGACAGGGCUGAAGCUGCAUCCAACUGAGGCGGCACUGAGCGAUAGGGGCUCCGCCAGGGUAAGGCUGUUGGAUGUCUUUGAAGUUGAGAGAUUUACCUUGGGCUUCGGCUGGGGUACCUGCAAUUGGCCAACGGAUGGAGACCUGCAAUGGCGUUGGGUUGCAGAGAAUGGCAAGAAGCAUCCGCAGGUGGCAGAUACGUUGAAAAAGGCCAAAGCUGCUCAAGAAAAGGAGCCUCCUUGCACCCUGGGCGGUUUGUACAAGGAAGCGGGUCCAUGGAAAGUGGAUGUCACCAAAUUCACCGAUGCGGAUGGCUGGGUGUAUGGCAUGGCAUGGAGUCAGCCAGAAUGGAGCCAUGAGCCCGGCUUGAACUUAUUGAGGCGGCGACAUUGGACGCGCCCAUUCCAUUGAGAAAUGAUGGAAGAAAAGCUUGGCGGACACGGGAAUCCCAAGAAAAGUGUUGUCUUCAGACGAAAGCGGUGAAGCCUGAAAAUAUUUCAACGGUGAAAGGAUGACACUAGAGUUUCAUGGGGAGCCCGGCGACAUGGAUGUAUCACAUUGUAUCA